AUGGAGAAGUCCCCACUUACCUGCAUAAAGAUCAAAGCACCUUAUGAGAUGAACGUUCCUCAGACUAAUCAAGACAGCAGCCUUCAAAUAACGAGGGACCUGGAUACCCGUUUAACAUCUGCAGAGGAGAGAGACCUCCAGACAACUGUCAGUAUAGUAUCGGAAUGCAGGGAUAAUCCAGAAAGUGAGCCUUCUUUAGACUGCAAUGUUACCGAAAGUGUUGAAAUUAUAGCAACACCAACCACGACGGGUAAACGCGGAGAAGAUAAAGAAAAGAAAAAGAUCAGAGACAGACGAUAUGAUGCUGAGCUCAAGAAAGCGUUUCAUCAUCUGAGACAAGUAGUGCCGUGUGUUCAGCGGAAUUCCACUCGAGGGCAGAUUUUACAAGAAACCAUCAAGUACAUCGGAAUCCUUGAGAAGAAAGUUACAGAUGCAGGGCUGUGGUCAACUUUGCAGUCACUAGAAGCUCAACGGAAUGCUCAAUUACAAGGCUUUCCUGAAGAAACCUCAACAGUUGGAGAAGAACAAGGAAUCACGAUAGACAAUUUGCUGUCGCCCGUGAGCCACGCUGUUCCUGAUAUUUGUAACAACUUGGUUUUAAGGGCUCUAACAGAGGAAGAAAGUUGUGAAAAUUCCCAAGAAGAAACAGCAACGGUGCUGACCUCACCUUUAAUUUUAAUCUCACCGAUUUCGUUACCGACAGAAGAGCGUUUAUGCUCCUUUGUUAGUCCUGAAGAAGCUGUAUCCGUUGAUUCUGUGGAUACCUACGAAGAGGAUAUAACAGUGGCGGGGUUACCCCUGUCGGUUCCAUUACAACAUAUCCAAUUUUUGACAGUGGAUCAAAGCGACGAGACUUCUGUAUUAGCCCCUCAGUUACCAGAGCAGCCCUCAUCCCAAGAGCUUCGUACUAGAUUGAUUCCUGUGGUAGAAGUCCCUGCCUUCACUAAUGACAGUGUCUUCUCAGGGAAGUCUCACGAGGUGCAGAAGUCCCCGCAGCAAGACUCGUUCCUGAGUGCCGUGACAACAAUAAGCCAGGAAAGUUUGAGUGAUCUUGGUGUCACCCUAUCACCGCUUCUUUCUCCUCUGGGAAUUUUAUUCUCUCCUGAAGGGGAUCGUCGGCAGGACCCUACCAAUGCUGUUGUGGUGGAGAGUACGGAAGACACCGAGGCGAUUUCGAGCUCAAGUACAGAUCCUGCUUCCAACGACGUAAUGUCAAGCAUUUGCUCGGACAUGACUUCCAUAGCAGCUUCUGUAGAAGUUACUACAGCACAGAUGAGCAAAAGAACUCUGCAAAAUAGCAAGACAAGGAAAAGUCCCAGGUCGAGUUCGAUACAGAUUGUACCGUCCUUAUCGCCUCAGUUGGUAGAUGAAUCAAAACGUAGCAUUUCUCGAUUUAAUGACAGGCGUGUGCUGCAGGAUCAAAGUAAUUUUGACGAAGCAAAUUUACCUUUGAUUGGAAAUGGAAGGGGACGCCGGAGAAAGCUGAAAGACCGCUCUCCCGAGCUGGCCUUUGUCGAUCAUACUGACGAGAACUUCUGCUUCGCGACGGACCAAAGCUGCACACCACCCAGUAGGGUGUCAGGUGUUUUACUCACUGGCAAGAAGAAGACACCAAGUUCCCGUGGGAGAGUAGCAGCGAAGAGGGGGCGGCGUAUGUAG